AUGGUAGAUUUUCUUAAAAAAGCAGGUAUGGUCGUUUCAAUAAUAGAAGCUACUCCUAAAUCCGAAGAAGAUUCUGUAUCAUUAACUGAAGUGGUAAAAAUAUGUUCUUCUGUUAUUAAAGCAGAGGAAAUUUCAGAUAUCGCUAAUGCCAAUAUUCUUAAUCAUGAGAUGGCUGAGCACCUAGAAAACAAACCAAAGAAGACUUUAAAAGAAAUGCAUGCUUUAAACCGGUAUCAUAUUGCAGAAUGUUAUGGGAUACCACCCGAAUCUCUGACCGAAGAAUUUAUUAUGGAUUAUGGUAAAUAUGAUGAAAUGAAGUGGUUUAGAAAUCUUCGGAAAUUACGAGAUGCAGAUUAUAGAAAUGAUAGGUUCACAACUGUUACUAGAACUGAAAAACAUCGAAUCUGUCUGGAAUUAAUAAAGACUUGCACACCUAUUAGAGAUAUUGAUGAUAGAAGCAGAUACAAAGCAGAUGAUGUUAAAAGAUGCCUAAAUACACCCGAAUUGAUACAAUACCUCCAAAAUUUAGUACCAAGAAUGGCUCGGGUUUUUGAUAAUACAGACGCAUCUCGCAGUGCUAAAAAAUCUGGCUUAAAAUCAGAUAGAGCAAAACUUGGUUUAUUAAAUUCAGCACUUUAUACAACUUAUAGUUCAAAACUUAAAGGUACAAAUAACAAGCACACACAUUACCACCUAGUAGGUAUGUUCGAUAAAGAAAGCGCACUAAAGUUACCAUCAUACCAAACAGGUGAAGGACAAUUCUAUGAAAAUGGUGAGGAUAUGCAUUAUGGGUAUAAAGAGAUUUUUGUGUCACUCAAAAUUGCUUAUGUAUAUGAAUUUGGAGGCAACAUUAUAGAAGAAAAAAGCACCAUGUCAGCUAUUACAACAAAAAUUGUUGAAAAAUACGUCCUCACCCCAAAGAUGAGUGACUCUGAACUUAGCCAAUAUGCCUCAGAAUUUCUUGAAAACCUUACUGAUGAUAGAAAGCGGAAUCAGGCUAGACGACGUCUUCGGAAUGGUUUUAAAUUUAGCAGUGAACAGGUGGGUGUAUUGAUACCUAAUCAGAGAAGUGGAAAAAAUAAAACUAUAAAUUUGGUUGAAGGUAAUUGUAGAAUAGCUAUAACCAAGCCUCCAAAAAGUUUAGAAGAAGAGAUUGUCAGAGAGAAAGCAAAACGAAUCUUGCAAAAUAGAUAUGGGUUUAGUGAAGAUCAAGUAAAUGCCUUAUUCACAAUCCCGAAAAACGAAAGUAGACACAGUGUAACUACCUCAGAUAAAAACGAUAAACUUAGCAUUAGAGAUGUAAGAGCUGAAGCUUAUGCCUUAGCCCUAUUAGCAAAAAAUGCUAAUGCUGGCUUAUCACGUUUCACUCGUCUUCAUAGAGAAUUAAGGAACCUUAAUGCAUCACUUGAGAUAAUUGAGAAAAAAGCUGAAGCUAAACGUAUCGAUUAUCCAGAUGAAUUUACAUUAGAAUCAGUCAAAGAAAGAUUAAAUGCGUACAAUAUUAAAACUUUACCUGAUUAUCAGGCUCUUGCUGAUGUUAUGGUGAUGCUUUGUAUUCGUCCUGCUGAACUUAAAACUUUAUGCAUUACAGAUACUGGAGUGAUGGGUUAUGUGAAGAACCGAGGUGAUCCAGGUAAGCCAGGAGUUAAAUGGUUUAAUAAAUUUUUAAAAGACUAUGAUUUAAUUCCUAAAUAUUUACGUAAAUUAGGAGCAGUUUAUGCUGUAGUGACAAAUGGAGUGAAAAAUAUGGCCCACGCUUAUACAAUUGCUGGGGAAGCACUUUGGCAUUCUUGUGACAACCAUACUUCUUCAGUACAAAACUAUGUUGUGGUAAACUACAGGAAGCGGGGACAAAAGCCUGAAGAAGCGAGACCAUUCCAUCUUUAUAAUGAUGAUAACUAA